UCAGGGAAAGAGAAACUGAAGUGUAGUUGAGCUGUUGUGUGUUUGUGUCUCUGUGUUCAUGCAGUAAAAUGGCAGAAGCCAGAUUUUCUCAGGAUGAGUUCAUGUGUCCGGUGUGUCUGGAUCUCCUGAAGGAUCCAGUUGCUAUUCCCUGUGGACACAGUUACUGUAAGAUCUGUAUUACAGACUGCUGGGAUCAGGAGGAUCAGAAGAGAGUCUACAGCUGUCCUCAGUGCAGACAGACCUUCAGUCCAAGACCUGCUUUAGCUAGAAACACCAUGCUGGCUGAAGUGGUGGAGAAACUGAAGAAGACCAGACUCUCUGCUGACUGUGAGGCUGGAGCUGGAGAUGUGCAGUGUGACGUCUGUACUGGAAGAAAAUACAGAGCCGUCAAGUCCUGUCUGGUGUGUCUGGAGUCUUACUGUCAAACUCAUUUUGAGCGGCACGAGGAGUUUCAUUCACGUAAACCACACAAAGUGACUGAAGUCACUGGACGACUGCAGGAGAUGAUCUGCCAGAAACAUGAGAAGAUCCUCGAGGUUUUCUGUCGCACUGAUCAGAAGUGUAUAUGUCUGCUGUGUACGAUUAUUGAACAUAAAAACCAUGACAUUGUACCAGCUGCAGACCAGAGGACAGAGACACAGAAGCAGCUGAAGGAGACACAGAAGACGCUCCAGCAGAGAAUCCAGCAGAGAGAGAAAGAUCUCCAGCAGCUGAGAGAGACUGUGGAGUCUCAUAAGCGCUCUGCACAGACAGCAGUGGAGGACAGUGAGAGGAUCUUUACUGAGCUCAUCCGCUCCAUUGAGAGAAGCCGCUCUGAGCUGAUACGACUGAUCAGAGAUCAGGAAAAGACUGCAGUGAGUCGAGCUGAAGAACGACUGGAGCGACUGGAGCAGGAGAUCAAUGAUCUGAGGAGGAGAGACGCUGAGCUGGAGCAGCUUUCACACACACAGGAUCACAUCCAGUUCCUGCAGAGUUUCCAGUCUCUCUCAGCUCCUCCUGAAUCUACAGACGUAAAUGAUGAUCUCUUCAGUUCUCUCUUCUCUUCUGAUGAUCUGAGAGAAUCUGUCCAUCAGCUGAGAGACAAACUGGAGGAUUUCUGUAAAGAGCAGCUCCAGAAGAUCUCAGACAGAGUCCCAUUCACCAGCAUUGAUCUCUGGACCAGGAAGGACUUCCUACAAUAUUCCCAUCAGUUCACUCUGGAUCUGAACACAGUGAAUAAUUACCUUCGUCUGUCUGAGAACAACAGAGUGAUUACAUUCACUGACACAGUCCAGUCGUAUCCUGAUCAUCCAGACAGAUUUGAUGAGUGGCAUCAGGUGUUGUGUAGAGAGAGUGUGUGUGGACGCUGUUACUGGGAGAUUGAGUGGAGUGGAAGAGGUGUGUAUAUAUCAGUGUCAUAUAAGAGCAUCAGCAGGAAGGGAGGAGGUUAUGAGUGUUGGUUUGGAUAUAAUGAUCAGUCCUGGAGUUUGUACUGCUCUUCCUCCAGAUACUCUUUCAGACACAAUAACAUAGAGACUGAUCUCCCUGUAGAGUCCAUCAUCAGGAGAAUAGGAGUGUUUGUGGAUCACAGAGCAGGAACUCUGUCCUUCUACAGCGUCUCUGACACAAUGAGCCUCAUCCACACAGUCCAGACCACAUUCACUCAGACGCUCUAUCCUGGGUUUAUGGUUUAUAAUCUUGGAUCAUCAGUGAAACUGUGUUGAUGAAUCAGAAUAGAUUGAUGAGAGAUUUUACCCAUAAUGCUUUGAGCUGCAUGAUGAUUCAGCAACAGUGAGAUGUUUAAGAGUAUUCUCUCUUCAUGACAUCAAUACUGCAGCUGAACUUCUGUCAGUGAAAUUUACAUUUAUUAAUUUAGCUGACGCUUUUAAAGCAGCUUACAACUGCUAUAUAUGUCAGAAGUCAUCAUAUACUUUCUCUUGUACAGUAAUUUCUCAUACCCUUUUUCCCUAUUAUUCAAUAAAGAUAUUACUUAAUAUGAAAACUCAGUUUUUUUUAUGUGCCUUUAGUUUUAAUUUAAUUUGUAUUUAAGUACCACAUGUAAUUUAAGUUAUAAAUAAACCCAUCAAUAGUCUCUAAAUAUAAAUGUCUUUUAUUAACAGCACUUCAAAUUUUACAGACCUCAAUUACUUUUUAAAAUCUCCAAAUUAACUCAUUUUAUUUGGUUACAGUUUUCAAUUUUUUUUACAAAUAUAAUCUCAAGUACAUAUCCUUAUUCAUGGAUGUUUAUAUAUUUGUAACGGGGAAAAUACUGAGGAAUACUUUUUUUUUUUUUUUUAAUUCAAGCAACAUUUUAUGUUCUGAUUUUAUGAAUUUAAGACAUUCUGCACUGAUUUAAGAUUUUUAAGGCCUUUGUUUGUGGGAGUGCAAUUUAAGAAUUUUUAAGACCUGCAGAAUCCCUGUAAACAUGUCUGGGACAACCAGAGAAACCCAAAAAUAAUUAUAAAUGUAAAAUUUCCCUGCUGUUUUGAAUUAACAAACACUUUUUCUCAUACUUUUUUUUUUUUUUUCAAAUUAAUCAAUGAAGAUAUUACUUCAUAAGUAAUGCUUGUUUGUUUUUAUGUGACUUUAGUUUUUAGUUGUUUUAUUGCAGUCAUAAAGCAACGAAAAGAAAUAAAUGCAAUGGAAUUUAUCUGUGAUGUCAGUUUAUUUCUGAAACAGUCUCUCUGUGUCCCUCUAGUGGAUGCAUCUAGUGAGUCAAAGGAAAAAACACCUAAUAA